AUGAUCAUGAACAUCAUCACAAUGUUGCCACCACCAGAUAAUACUACUACUGUAGCGGGGCUUGUUACCAAUGCCAAUGCCACCGCUUCAUCUUCCUCUUCAUCAUCCUCUUCUUCAUCUUCAUCAUCCGAUCAUCGAUCAGUACACAACAGCAUCAAUACAUCAGGUGGACUACUUGAUAACAAUCAACAGCAGCAGCAGCAACAACAACAACAACAACAGAAUCAACAACUUUUACUUAAUCUAAACUUGAUUGAACAGGUGUUACAAACAUUGUUCAAUCCUCCAACGGGCGGCAAUAAUGAUACGGCCGCACACGUGCAGAAUGAAGCCAACCGAUGGCUGAUGGACCUGCAGCACAAUCCCAAUAUAAUACCAUUCUGUCUCGAGUUGAUCAAGCCCGAGCGACCGUUCUUUUCGCAGUUCUACGGCCUUCAGACACUGCACUCGACCAUUCACCAUCGAUGGGAGACGUCGCAAUGGACGGACGAGCUUCGCUUCAGCAUCAAGUCGGCAGUGUUCACCCGCUUCCUGUUGCUGGUGAACGAUGCACAGGUGGCACCAGUCUUCUUGGCCAAGCUGGCGUCUGUGCUGGCCGCCGUCAUCGUACACAGUGUGCCGCGUCUCUGGGAGGACCCGGUUGGCGACUUUCUGCUGUUGAUGUCCACAAACAAUGACCGCAUGAUACGUGGCUCUAUCGACGUGCUGACCAUGCUGCCGCCAGAGUACGUGUUGGUCAAGCUGAAGCAAAACAGGAGGAAUGCACUCAAGGAAUACCUCUUGCACAGCUCAGAGAGUGUGAUCAUGGCCAUCACCAGCGCUCUCAUGAACAACUCUACGCCAACCUUCCAGAACAAGGCCCUCAUCAUCCAAUGCUUCAGAUCAUGGGUCAUGUAUACAAAUUCAAAUACCAUGUGCGACCUGAUCAACUUCCACACCUAUGUGUCGCCACUCUCCAACCGUGCACCUGUCGUUCAAGGCGAGAGAAGCUUCGACGAGAUCAACUAUGAUCGACUGAUCAUUCCCAUCAUUCGCAAGCUGGUAUCACUCAAACAACUCUUCAAUCAAAGUUCAAUCAUUCCACAACUAUCAUUUAUAUUCAGCGCAUUCGCAGAGAUUGUGUCACAGAUCGUAGAGUGCUAUGCACCUCUUAUAAUGGACGUCACCAAGCAGGAUAAUAGACAGUUGAUGCGAUACUUGUUGGAUAUAUGCGCGCACAGUGAUCGCGAGAUGUCUGAGUUCACGUUCGACUCAUGGGUCUACAUGACAGGACACAUCACAGAGUUGGCGAGCGAAGAUGUGCUCGUCCGCUUCCAACGUAUCUACGCCAAGCUGCUCCAGUCUUUGAUGCAGCAUGCCUCAUUCCCCGCCAAGGUGGACAGGCCCGAUGACAACAUUGUCGACGAGAUAUUGAGCUAUCGCAACGAUGCUAGCGAUGUCGUCAACGCCUGUCUCGAGAUCAUUGGAGAGGAAGCCUUUGUACAGUACAUUCAUAAUCUAGUCCAUAACGAAUGCAAGACUUGGCAGUCGUUUGAAGUUGUCAUACAUAUAUUCCGAUCGACUCAUCUGGAAGCAUCUCAAUUGCGCCAGAGUAAUGAUAGCACUGGCAAGAUGAUGGGCAGCAUUAUAAUACGCACGUUGACCACUCGACCACAUUACAUACUCUCCAACACAGUGUUGAUGAUGCUGGAAGACUACAGCCAAUUCAUUACGACCAAUAGCGAGUUACUUCAUCAAUGCUACCAUUACAUAACAUCACUUGUCCAGCAUACAGAGACCUGUUCAUUGGCAUUGAGGACACUACAUGUCUUUUGCCAAAGACACGGAGACCGACUGUAUGACAGCAUAGACAACUGUUUGAACCUCUGGGAGUCAAUGAUGGCGGCAAAGACAGUAAAGCCUGGCGACCAAAAGUCACUCAUUGAAUCCAUCCUCUUCCUCUCUUCCUUUGCCAAGCAUGAGACACAUUCCAACAACAUUUUCCAACGACUACUAUCGCCAACUAUUGUAAAUUUAAAGACUGCUCUUGCCCAAGAUCCCCGACCAUCACUGCAUCUCAGUGCCGACAAGAAACAUAUGAUCAUCGAUCGAUUAUCUGUUCUGGAGUCUGGAUUGAAGAUACCAGCGCAAUACUUCACGAUAUACAAAGACUUUACAAACAAUAUUCUACCUCUGUGCGAUUCUGCUCAUGAUCUGUCAAUCAAAUACAGGGACUUGGACAUAUUGGAGUCAGUUUGGCGCGUACUCUGCAGUGUCCUACUCACAAUGAGUGAGCAUCAAAAGAAACAGCAACCACAACAACAACAGCAACAACAACAACAAGAACAACCACAACAACAACAACAGUAUAUCAACUUGGAGAAGAUUGUCAACUACUUUUUGGUGGACAUUGCAACCUUUCACAUUCUCACCAACUCUGCCUACGAUUCACUGGAGGCCCUGCUCACUCAUUAUAGCUGCUCCUGCGUUCCACUACUCUCGGAACCAAUCAACAACCUGGUCAAUCACUCAUUGCCACUCAUUGCCAAUAACAACAGUGGCAGCAUACCAGUGACGACAAGGUUCUACAGAGUGAUGACAAAGAUAUUGAUGAAGUGCCACGCCAUGUUCUAUGCACUGCCCAAUGUGUUGAAGAUCGUGGAGUUGGCAGUGGUCGCCAUGCUCAAUAUUGAGCGCGAGUCAGUCAUCAGUGUACUGGAGUUCAUCGAGCAGUUGUUUGUGCGAUUCCCACACGAGUCCCUUGUUACCAACUACAGCUCUCACGUCCUCUCCUCCAUGUUCACUGCCAUCUCCAAAGACUCCACCAAGCUGCUCACAGAGCACUUUGCAAAGACACUCUAUGCAUGGUUCAAAGCACACUCUGGUGAAGGAUUCAACAAGAUUGUUCGCGAUAGUGUUAAAGAGGCCAAGUGGCUUCCAGAUGACCUGACGCCCAAGGACAAAGAAAGACUAUCAUCAAUUCUAUUAAGGUAA